AUGAAGUUCUUAAGCUGGAUGCAAAAUAAGUUCAAUGGUGGACAAGGGAACAAAAUACCUAAUGGAGUUCAAACCAAAAGUUUAACUAUUGUAGAUCGGACAAAUCAAGAACCUCGCAACGAAGAAUUCAACGGUUGGCCUGAUUCAUUAUUAGCCAUUGGAACUUUUGGUACCACCAGCACUUCUCUAAAUGCAAAAUCAGAGACCACCCAACACGUACAAAAUCAUGAUCAUGAAAAUGAAAUCUCAGAGGAAAAUUACAAUGAGCAAAGUUCCUCUCCAGAUUUAGCAGAAUUCACCCCUGAAGAAGUUGGCAAAUUACAAAAAGAAUUAACAAAGCUAUUAUCAAAAAAGCCUGCAGCUAAUAAAUUAGUUGCUGAAGACAGAAAGGAUGGUGAUCUCCCAUUGGACAGAUUCCUUAAUUGUCCUUCAAGUUUGGAAGUUGAUCGUAGGACUUCCAGCAGAUUUAGUUGUACCAAUUCGGAGAUUUAUGAAAAUCUGGAUGAGGAAGAAAUUGAUAGGACUAUUAGAGCAAUUAUUGGGAGAUGCAAGGACCAUGUUUGCAAGACAAAUAAAAAGAAAGUAAAUGGCAUGAAAUCAGUUUCGUUUCUUCUCAAGAAAAUGUUUGUUUGCUCAAGUGGUUUUGCUCCUACUCCUAGUUUACGAGACACAUUUCCCGAAUCAAGAAUGGAGAAGCUUUUAAGGACUAUACUUUCAAAGAAAAUAAACCCACAAAAUGCCGGUCGAGUAUCAACAAAGAGAUAUUUAGAGGACCGAUGUGCACCAAAGGAAGAGGAAGAGGAAAAGAAACGGGAGAAAACCUGUCAUGGAUCUAAGUGGGUCAAGACUGAUUCUGAUUGUGAGUAUAAUUUAAUUUGUAGUAGUAAGUUUUUAAUUAAAACAAGCAUUUUAAUUUUGUUAGCUUAAUCACUAGUACUUAACAAGUGCUUAUUCUUAUUUUGCAGUUAUUGUUCUGGAAAUUUGACAAACCUCCCUGCGCAAAUGGGAUGUUCAAAGAAUAAUCUCUCUUUUUUUUAGUUUUAUUUUUAUUUUUGACAGGAUACUUCUUCUUUUUCUUAUUUUUUUCAUGGUUGUAUUUAUCCACCGAUAGAUUCAACACAUGUUGUGUAAUGUCACAGAAGAAUCUUCCAUAUUGUACUCUUUUUUUUUGCUUUUAUCUUUUUCAGAUGUCUAGUUAAAAAGAAUAAUCUUUUUCUAGUCUUUUUAUUUUUGGUUUUACCCAUUGUUUCAAGUGAUUAGUACUAACUAUCCCAUACUUCCUAAGUAUAAUUAUAUAUGAGAG